AUGGCACCGCUCAAGAUCCUCAUCGUCGGUCCCAAGGAGGCCGGCAAGUCCACCAUCGCCAACUUCCUCGCCGAGCACUCGGACCGACUCGGCGGACAAGAACGCUACCAACCGACUGUCGGUGUGCGGAUCCUCGAGAUCGAGAAGGGCAAGGCUAACAUCGAGCUCUGGGACAUAUCGGGCGACCAGAACUAUGAAGCUUGCUGGCCCGCCGUCAUGAAGGACACGGACGGCGUCGUGCUCGUCUACAACCCAGAGUCGCAUGUCCACGAGAGCGAGGCGAUGCUCUGGUUCGUACCAUAUUUGCAGUGGUGA